ACAUGCGUUAGCGCCAUUGUUACAGUGGUUAUAAAACAUACAGAAAUAUGCAAUUGACGCAUCUUUUGAAAUCGGAAUGAUGGCCAUACGAAAACUCUUCAAAGCAUUUGUCUUGGCUGCCCUUAUGACGUGCCUAAAGUGCCAGAAAAAGAUCCCCGGUUCAACAGAAAAUGCAGAUAUCACCAGGUUUUAUGAUAAAAAUGGAGUCAUAUGGACACUGGAGACGACGGAGCCUACUACCAUAAGAUGCAAGUUUGAUGUAGUGAAUAAAUCAACGCAUCAUGGUGUCCGUCUUAUGAGACAAUAUUACUGGAUUGGGAGCAGGACGAACUUCUACCUAGAUGGAACGUUCAUGAGUAAACGGUCUAAAGAACACGUACAACGCAAUGAGGAUCACCGAGAAAGGGUGUCUCGGAUAUUGUACGGAACAUUUUAUGAGCACCGAAGGAAACACAUGGACGUAAAACCCAAAGGCAAGGGCGUCAGCUUCCAAGAGGAUCUGCUCUAUGUGAGCGGUGACAAAAGCUGUGCAGUGAUUAUGGUCACGACCAAUGUUGGCGCUAAACACGUCACGUAUGAUCUUCGAGUUAAGAACUCUCACAUUCGAUCGCCGCCACACCCUAAAUGCCUCUACGUAUACGAGAAGUUUGAGAGGCACGGACAAGUUUUGUAUGACCCAAGUUACCAAGGUAUACUAGCAAAAUCGGCAAAUUCGAAGGUGUGA